ACUGUGGAAAAAGCUUCUCUCGAAAAGCUCAAUUAAAUAAUCACAUGAUAAUUCACACUGGUGAGAAGCCUUUCUCAUGUGGGAGCUGUGGAAAAGGUUUCAACGAUAAAGGCCAAUUAAAUGUACAUAUGAGAAUUCACACAGGUGAGAAGCCUUUCUCCUGUGGGACUUGUGGAAAGAGUUUCACCCGAAAGGGCAAUUUAGAUGUUCACAUGAGAAUUCACAGAGGUGAGAAGCCUUUCUCCUGUGGGUCCUGUGGAAAGCGUUACAGUGAAAGAGGGACGUUAACUCGGCACAUGAGAAUUCACACAGGUGAGAAGCCUUUCUCCUGUGGAACCUGUGGAAAAGGUUUCUCUAUAAAAAGUCAUUUAAAUGUCCAUGUGAAAAUUCACACUGGUGAGAAGCCUUUUUCUUGUGGGGCUUGUGGAAAAAGUUUCACCCAUAAGGGCAGUUUAAAUGUUCAUAUGAGAAUUCACACAGGUGAGAAGCCUUUCUCCUGUGGAACCUGUGGAAAAGGUUUCUCUAAAAGAGGUCAUUUAAAUGUUCAUGUGAAAAUUCACACUGGUGAGAAGCCUUUCUCUUGUGGGGCUUGUGGAAAAAGUUUCACCAAUAAGGGCAGUUUAAAUGUUCAUAUGACAAAUCACACAGAAGAGAAGUCUUUCUCCUGUGGAACCUGUGGAAAAAGUUUCUCUCGAAAAGAUAAAUUAAAUAAUCAUAUGAAAAUUCACACAAGUGAGAAGCCCUUCUCUUGUGGGACAUGUGGAAAAUGUUUCACCCAUAAAUACACUUUAAAUGUUCAUAUGAGAAUUCACACAGGUGAGAAGCCUUUCUCUUGUGGUACUUGUGGAAAAAGUUUCACCUUGAAAACAACUUUAAAUAAUCAUAUGAGAAUUCACACAGGUGAGAAGCCUUUCUCUUGUGGAACCUGUGGAAAAAGUUACAGUGAAAAACGGUCUUUAAUUCAUCACAUGAGUAUUCACACAGGUGAGAAGCCUUUCUCUUGUGGAACCUGUGGAAAAAGUUACAGUGAAAAACGGUCUUUAAUUCAUCACAUGAGUAUUCACACAGGUGAGAAGCCUUUCUCAUGUGGGACCUGUGGGAAAGGUUUUUCUCGAAAAGAUAAAUUAAAUAAUCAUGAGAAGUCACACACAUGAGAAGCUUUUCUCAUGUGGGACCUGUGGAAAAAGUUUCAGGAUGAAAAGACAAUUACUUAAACACAUGAAGAUUCAUGUGGGUGGGAAACGGUGAUGUGUGGUGAGGCUGGUGAGCCACUGCCUUAUGAUGUAUAAAUACAGACACCAUGCAUGUUAUUGUUUACUUACAGACAUUUUGCGCAUGCAUACAACGCUGGAGGGCAAAAAGACAAUUCUUUUACAUGUCUUCCAUAGCUGCGUUACUAGAUGUAACUUAGAAAUGUAGGUAUUAUGGGUUGUUGUUAUGUUGCUGUACAGUGUUUUAAGAUCAUGUUCAAUGUGCCCCUUUUUAACUUUGAACCCCUGCCCCUUCAAAGGUCUCUGCACGGCCCUGUUCACAUGUAAGGUAUGAUUUUGUUAUUUUUUACCCCAUAGCUUGGUUGUCCCCAGAGUGCUAAUGUUGUUAGCAGCUAACUUAGUGUUGAGUCCUGGACAGAAAAUAGGUUUGUUCAGUGGGACUUCCAUUUUAAAAAAAAGCUGAAUAAAUUAAAUAUAACCUACCUCUAGCCAUAGACAUCCUGAUGUCUAUGGCUACCUUGUCUUGACCACCCUUGAUGGGGGUCAAGACAUCCUGACCCCCAUCAGAAUGUCUUGCAGCAUCCGAGUCACAUGUCUGAAGCCCAGAAAUAGAACGCUGUGAUGUUUGU